AUGGCAGGAGAAAAUAGCCGCAGAAGAAAGGAACAUACAUAUGAGAAGGCAAAGAGACUGUUUAGCACAUACAGCAAAUUUGCAAUUAUCGGUGUUGAGAAUGUUGUAUCCACACAACUUAAGAACAUCAAAGUGCAGUGGGGCAAGGAUGCCGAGUUUCUGAUGGGCAAGAACUCGUCAAUGAGGCGUGCACUGCAGGAUCUUGGGAAGAGCGAGCUGGAUGUGAUUCUUGAGAAGAUUAAGGGAGAUGUAUGCUUUGUGUUUUUCAAGAAUAAUGUCAAGGUAAUCAAGAAAGUUAUUGAUAAUAAUGCUAGAGAGGCAUGUGCGAAGAUUGGGGAUAUUUCGCAGAAGGAUGUGUGGGUUGAGAAAUGUGUCACAAGUAUGCCUCCAGAUAAGACUUCAUACUUCCAGGUACUUGGGAUUGCAACAAAGAUUACGAAGGGAAAGAUUGAGAUAAUAUCUGACUACAAGGUGCUGUCUCCUGGGGAUCAUGUUGGACCAUCACAAGCGAACCUGUUGAGCAUGAUGAACAUCAAGCCAUUUAUGUAUAAGAUAAGUAUGUGGUGGGUGUAUGAGGAUGGAUGUCUCUAUGAGUCAGCACUUGUGGACAUUGAGGAGGACGAUAUCAUGAUGAGCAUGAAGAAUGCUAUCCAGAGCGUUGCUGCAAUGAGCUUGGGCGCAAGAUUUGUCACACAAGCAAGCGUGCCGUAUGCAAUGAGAAAUGCAUUCAAGGACAUCCUGCAUGUUUCAUUUGGUGCCGAAUUUGCUAUCAAGGAGCAAUCUAUGGUUGCGUAA